GAAAAUUGAUGAUCUAGGCUGAAAGAGCGUAGUUUUGACCUAAGUUCCUUACAUUUAAGGUUCCUCUCCUUCGCGGGAUAGGGCACAUUCCGCCAUAACCACGCUUUAAACCUCGAUCCAGUUCUCAAACUAUAUGAAAGCUGAGAUUUUUUUGCUCCUCAAAUACUUCCCCAAAGGUCAAAACUUUUACUUGGUAUCCUCCUCUAUCUUUUGAGAAACAAGAUUCUUGAUUUGGGGUUUUGCCUGACUUGUGGUUGGAAUCAAGAAAAUCUGUGUGGUUUUAUUACCAUUUGCUAAUUGACUAAAAAGGGUCUCUGAUUGUUCCAUUUUUUGGUUGAUUUUCCCUCAAGAUUAUCUGGGGUUUGAUUAGCUUUUGAAAUCUUUCCCUUAAGAGAUUACUGAGAAUAACCAGAUGUUGGGAUUUAGAUUCCUUGAAAAGUGUCCCUUGGAUAAUAUGGUAAUGCAGUUUGGAGAUAUAAGCUGUGUAAUUGUAUUGUUUGGAUUAUAGCAUUUGUUUUCUUGGGACCCUUUUGAGAUUGUUGUUUUAUUUGAGGGUAUGAUGGAGUACCUUCCUGUUGAGGUCAUUGGUAACAUUUUAUCCCGGCUCGGAGCUGCGCGGGAUGUUGUAAUUGCAUCAUCUACUUGUCGGAAGUGGCGAGAGGCUUGGCGGAAUCAUCUUCAUACACUCACCUUUAACUCGAAUGACUGGCCGGUUUAUCAUGAGCUCACAAGGAGCAGACUUGAGAUAAUUAUAACUCAGACUAUUUUCCAGACUAAUGGACUGCAGUGCCUUUCAAUCAUAUUGGACGACGUCGAUGAGUUCUCUGCUGCUCCGGUCAUUGCUUGGCUAAUGUAUACCAGAGAAACGUUGCGCCAGUUACAUUACAAUGUUAGGACUACCCCGAACAUUAAUAUACUCGAAAAAUGUGGUCGCCAGAGGCUUGAAGUGUUGGCUCUGGCCCACAACACAAUCACGGGUGUCGAACCUAGUUAUCAAAAAUUCCCUUGCUUGAGGUCUCUUUCACUGAGUUAUGUUAGUAUAUCGGCUUUAGACCUGAGUCUUUUCCUUACAGCCUGCACGAAAGUUGAGGUUUUGAAUCUUGUCAGUCUAGACAUUGUUAUGUCUGAUCCACAGGCAACGAUGGAGCUGAGUAGUAACUCUUUGAAAGAUAUCUAUGUUGAAGCCAUUAGUUUGGAUAAAAUCAUACUUGAGGCAGAUAGUCUCGAGAAGCUGCAUUUGAAAGAUUGUACGCUCGAGGUCUUUGAGCUUGUCAGCAAGGGGAAGUUAAGACUCCUUAAGAUCGAUGACGUUAGCGUCAUCCAUCUUGAUAUCGGCGAGAGUGCUGAAAAUCUUGAGAUUGUGGACGUCAGCAAUUUCACGAUCAUGUGGUCCAAAUUCCAUCAUAUGAUAGCGAAAUCGUCAAAGCUGAGAAGACUGAGGCUAUGGGGAGUUGUAUUUGAUGAUGAUGAUGAGGUUGUCGAUAUUGAGACAAUUUCUGCUUGCUUUCCUCAACUAAGUCAUCUAUCAUUGAGCUAUGAACUAAAAGAGACAGCACUUCAAUAUGGAUUGCAAGAUUCUUUUCGAUUGGAAAAUGUGGUCGUCUUGGAGCUAGGCUGGACAGUGAUUAGCGACCUGUUCUCGCAUUGGGUAGCAGGACUACUUGAAAGGUGCCCUAACUUGAGGAAGUUGGUAAUUUAUGGGGUCGUCUCAGAAACCAAAACGCAUGAAGAAUGUCAUACAUUAGCCAACUUCACAUCUUUCAUUGUAAGGCUUAUGAGGAAGUAUGCGGAUGUAGAUGUUCAGUUUGAAUAUGAAUAGACUUUAACAAUUGUUCCCUACGGUGGAGUUCAAACCUUUGUCUAAUCUCGGCAAUGCAAGGAUGUACAUGAUCCUUAGUGGUGAUUGUCUUUUUCUUAUAUUGGUACAACACUGUAAUUUAUGAUAAAUUUUGCACUCGUCUUAUUCCUUCAAUUCAGGUAAACAUAGCAUUUGCAUUUCUUGUUAGCCUCUUGUUAUUAGUUUGUGCAUUCAUGCGCACUCUUUCCGUUA